AUGCAGCCCCUCAAGGACGCAGAUCCUCAGCUGUAUGAUCUCAUUGCGAAGGAGAAGGAGAGGCAAAUAGACUGCAUUGAACUAAUUGCUUCUGAAAACUUCGUGAGCACAGCGGUGCAAGAAUGUCUCGGCAGCUGCCUGACGAACAAGUACUCCGAAGGUUUCGUUGGCGCUCGUUACUAUGGGGGCAUGGAGUUUGUAGAUCAAGUGGAAGCGCUUUGCAUCCAGCGCGCCAAGGAGGCAUUUAGGCUGGAUCCAGAUGAAUGGCAUGUAAAUGUACAGCCCCUUUCGGGAAGCCCAGCCAACUUUGCUGUCUUUAUGGCCCUGCUCCAACCCCACGAUCGAUUCAUGGGCCUCGGUCUCAAUGAUGGGGGUCACUUGACGCAUGGGGCAUACACACCAUCUCGUCGCAUCAGUGCUAGUUCUCUGUUUUUUGAGUCGCUUCCUUACGGCCUAAACCCGCAAACGGGUCUGAUUGACUACGAAGAGCUCGACAGGCUGGCGACCCUAUUCCGGCCGAAGCUCAUCAUCUGUGGGCAUUCUGCCUAUCCAAGGCUGCUGGAUUAUAAACGCUUUCGGUCCAUUGCGGAUAAAGUUGGGGCCUUCCUCUGGUGCGACAUGGCCCACUUCAGCGGAUUCGUCGCUGCAGGAAUUUUCGAGUCGCCCUUUGACUACUGCGAUGUCGUUACUACAACAACGCACAAAACAAUGAGGGGACCUCGCAGUGGCCUUAUCUUCGUCAACACUAAGCGAGUGCCCAAUGGAGCUUCCAAGGUAGAUGCAGCGGUCUUCCCAGGCUUGCAAGGGGGACCUCAUGAGAAUCACAUCGCCGCUGUAGCUCACCAGCUAAAGCAGACGUGCACGCCGGAAUGGAAAGUCUACUCGCAACAGGUGCUGGACAACUGCAAGCUUCUGGCAGCUGAGUUGCAGAGUUACGGCCUACAGCUCGUCACCGGCGGGACUGACAACCACUUGCUGCUCCUCGACUUGAAGCCCCAAGGGCUGACAGGGGGGAAACUUCAGUUGGUUUGCGACGCCGUGAACAUUACGCUGAACAAGAACUCAAUCUCGGGCGAUUCUCCAGGCAUUCCCACUGGCGUGCGCAUUGGGACCCCGGCCAUGACGACUCGAGGGUUCAGCUCAGCAGAAUUCAAGCAAGUCGCUAGCUUCCUUAAGGAGGCUAUUGACAUCUGCUGCGAGAUACAAGAGCAGUCGGGUAAGAAGUUGGCGGACUUCAGAAAACACGUCACUCCUUCGCAUCCGCGCAUAGUCGACUUGCGAGAGCGGGUGAAGGCGCUCGCGCGGAGCUUCCCCAUUCCGGGGCGGCAAGAUAUCUAA